CUAAGCAAGCUAGCUAGCCGCCGCGUACUUUAGCCCGUUACAAAAAAGCAAACCUUACAUUAGAUUUUCCUUUCGCAAAGCAGCUCCGGGAUAACACAAAUCAGGUCAACAGGAAUAUAGAUUUAAUGUAUUUUUCUCGAAAUACUAGUACACCCAAUUCCAAUGUUAACAACGUCAACAGAGGCUGUGCUACUGCUCUGUUUAUCUUCCCCAUGUCGACAUGUUUAGAUAGUAACCUUCUCCCAGCAGCACUUUCGCCGAGUGUCUUUAAUGUACGAAGUAUGAACAAAUAAAAGGAAACAUCAAGACAAAUGAUGAUUUUAACGGUGAAAACAUUUACUAUUUGGGUUACAUCCAAAUAGCAGUCUGUACAAGCUCAUAGCACUUUGUAAUGCAUUUUGUUGAAUCUGCGAACGAGUGUAGUAAUUUAGUUUCCUUGGCGGCGAAGCAUGGCGAUUUCAAUAGCCGUUCUGGAUUGUGAUCUACUGUUGCAUGGUCGGGGCCACAAGACCUUGGACCGCUUCAACCUGUCCUCGGUGUCUGACGACUUCCUCCUCACACAAUUUGGCUUCCCCAGAGAUUUCAUCCUGUAUUUGGUGGAGUUACUCCGAGAGUCCCUCUGUAGACGCACACAGAGGUCCAGAGCCAUCAGUCCUGAGGUCCAGGUACUCGCCGCUUUGGGCUUCUACACAUCCGGAUCUUUUCAGACGUCAAUGGGAGAUACCAUCGGAAUCAGCCAGGCAUCCAUGUCUAGAUGUGUGUCCAACGUGACCAAAGCUCUGGUUGAGAAAGCUCCCCAGUUCAUCACACUGAACAGAGAUGCUGCAGUCACAGAGCAGACUUUCCAGGAGUUCCAGAGGGUGGCGGGAUUGACUGGAGUCCUGGGAGUGCUGGACUGUGUUCAGGUCUCCAUUAAAGCUCCCAACAGCGAAGACUCGUCCUAUGUGAACAAGAAGGGGUUUCACUCUGUUGGCUGUCAACUAGUUUGUGAUGCCAGGGGCUUGCUACUCAGCGCAGAAACCCACUGGCCCGGUGGGCUCAAAAGUGUGGAGGUUUUGGAGAGAUCCGCCCUUCUCAAACAACUGCAGGAAACUCAAGAUGGCUAUUUCCUGGGUGACAGCCGCUAUCCCCUAAAGAGGUGGUUGAUGACCCCAGUGAUGUGCCCGCAAUCUCCUGCAGAGUUUGAAUAUAAUCUUGCUCAUAUCGCCACACAUGAGAUUGUGGAUCGAACGUUUAGAGCCAUCCAGACCAGAUUCCGAUGUUUAGAUGGCACUAAAGGAUACUUGCAGUACUCGCCAGAGAGGAGUUCGUCCAUCGUGUUGGCCUGUUGUGUCCUCCACAACGCCUCUCUGCAAUCAGGACUGGACGCUUGGACUCUGGAGAGGACGGACCCUCUGGAGCAGCCCGAAACUCUGGAGCAGAGACCAGAGGACCGAGAUAUCCAGGCGGAGGAACUGCGCAAACAGCUCAUCCUCAAGCACUUCAGCUAAUGUGUGCUUGGAGCUCACAUGAGACGGACACAGAAGCAAGCAAGUCCACAGACACGGUCAUGCUGAUGCAGAUUUUUAAUAUUUUGCUGGUUUCUACUCUACUGACUACACUACGAUAACAUAGGAAUAUAUGGAGGAACAUGCAAGGUGCUGUACAACAAACAAUAACAACAAUCAUCUGUGGAAAUUCCUUGAUUUGAUUUUCUCAAGCAUUUGUGAGCCAGAUGUCCACAAGUUUAGCUUCAUUGUUGUCCAGGUUUGGAAAAAGUGACCCAACCCUUCCAGCCAUCUUCCUGAAGGCUUUGCAACAUAUUUCCACUGUAUGGACACUGAUGUAGGACAUGUUGUGAUGACACCAAACCAAACACAAGCAGUGGGACAGAUUGUAGUCUUUUGGGAUGGUAGUGGUUUUUCACAUCCAGGAAUGUAAUAAACACUCUUUCUACAAAUAAAUACAAGACACGUUACUGCCACACGGGCAUAUUUGACAUGGCACUUACAUCUGGGUCAAUUCCUCUUGAAUAUUUAGCAAAUACAUCAAUAUUUCUUUUUAAAAGGGGACAAAAAGUCAUUUUGCAGUGAAACAUAAAACAGAAUUGCUGUAAAGUACACACAAAGCCCCCACAGGACUUGAACUACACACCCCCAUCUUAAUCUUUACACAUUCCCAACGUCAACACAUGUUUUAUGCCAUGAAACAAACAAGCAAUUAGGCCCUUUUUUUGCUUGCAAUUAAUAUUUGCACUAAUAUUUUUGUGUCUUUUACAUCAUUAUUUAGAAAAACAAGACAAUAUAAAGUAAUCUUAAAAACAGUACAUUUAUUUAUUAUUUUUUUGUUGCAUAAUUUAAAUAUGCUUGAUUUUGAUGCUGCAAAUAUAUUAUAUAUACACUUAAAUUCAUAAAAAUACAUGUAUGUCACAACCUCUAGUUAGAUCUCUCCAACAUAAUUUUUUUUUUUUGGGGGGGGGGGUCAAUAUGAAUGAAUUCAGGUUGAUGAAAGAUUUCACAGCCACAGAUAGAUUAAUUGUUCUUAAAAAAAAAAAAAGUGAACUUGUCUAAUACUUGGGGGGUCUUUGGUUGGCUCUCUAAACCUUUUAAAGGGGACAGAUUAUGCUUUUCAAGAAAUGCAAAAGAAAUGCAUUUUAAUCCGUCAACGGCAUUUCACACCGGACUGGACUGUUUUGUGAACAUGGGCUACUAUGCAGCUGGACUAAAACUGAUUAAAAAACAGAUUAAAACAGACUGUUUUUGCUGGAAGCACAAAAUCUGAAUUGAAUCUGAAUAGGUGCAGAUUCCUGAAGAACUAGAAAGCUUUCUGUCCUGGUUAUGGUGUGUAGAGUCCACAACUCAAUACAAAAUGAGCAUAAUAUGUCCCCUUUAAGGCCCAGUGGAGAAAGGCAAGAGGAAGGCACUCUAAUGACUUCCUGUGGAGGACACCAGCAUGCCUACUUGACUGAGAUCCAUGAUGUCAUUGACUUCCAUUCCAAGUUGCAAUGUGAGCUACUCUUAAUAAAUACGGGCAGGUAAACCUGGUGUACGGGGGAGUGCCAUGAAUUGGAGGGAGUGGGUAUUGCAGUCGGGAUCUUGGGAUGUGACAGAAUGUUGGAUGACGUUAGAAGAAUUCUGAAACCUCUUUUGGUUUCGUUUCUCUGUAGGGGUGAGAGUAGACGUCAUUGUCAUUAGUGAUUCAUUUCCGGUCAGAAGUUUACAAACUUGUCUUAUACAUUUCGGUAUGUUCUAUACAGUAAUCCCUGGUUUAUUGCGGUUAAUUGGCUGCAGAUGGAUUCCUCAUUUACAACUAUUAUCAUUAUCAUCCUUGUUAGGUAUUAUUGUGUGUAACUCAAACCUG